AUGCGGGAGAACUUCAAGGAGGCGUGCGAAGAGGUCGCGGCCGCGGUGCUCGACGGCGGCCACUUGACGCUGGCGGUCGAGGAGAAGGUCGCGCUCGCCAUGUACAAGAUCGACGAGACGUGCGCGCUCGUGGACUCGCACGCGGAGAUGGACCUCGAGGCCGAGCACGAGGCGAACGUCCAGCUGCUCCUCGACCGCUGCGUGCUGCUCCAGCACCACUUUGCCACGAUCGACGACAUGGAAAAGAUCGUCGACGACCUCGCGGUGGCUAGCCGCAAGCUGCAGGAACGCAUGGACUACGUCAAGAAGCACGCUGAGCCUAUUCUGCAUCCGACGCAGCUCUCAUCGAUGCUCAAGCGGACGCUCACGCUGGGGCGCAAGAAGGCCAGCCCCGAAGGCGUCGCGUGGGAACCGGUCACGUUCAUUCCAGACGUCUCGGCCUCAUUGCGCGGCCUCGACAAGCUCAUGCACGGCAACGACAGCAACGACGAGCUCAAAGCCGCGUUCAAGACGCCGUCCAUCACGGAGUACCAGGAAGAUGCCAUCUAAUGUUAGCGUUACUAAAUCGUCGAUGCUUGUAUUUACUUUAUG